AUGGACCAGGAGGAGGCCCCACCGCCAUACGCUGCGGUCGAUCCACUAGUUACGCCGACGAUUAACACGAACAACACUGUCCAGCGGACUUCCGAAACCCUACGUGAGAAUGUUAGACAGUCUUCAGCAGCCGGGACUUCGCGGAUUGCGGAUCUGCCUCCAUCAACAUCACCUACCAUCACGCCAAUCCACUUCACCUCUGCCGCGGCUUACUUCGAGGAGAGACCACCACUCGUAUCGGAUGACAGCCGCAGCAUUCUACACCACCACCUGACCAUAUACCCCCGCAGUCAAGCAAAAGACUUUCCUCGGCGGCCCCGCUGCUGGGCAUCCCGUCGAAAUGAAAUACCCCAACAGGAUUGGGACACCUUUCUGCGGUACCUCUUUCCGCCCCAAUUAGGUUUGGCUGCUGCCUCACAGCAUUUGCCCCGCCAGUUGCGGGCGGAAAUCCAACGAGACCGGAAAGACAGACCGCAGGAAACCGAUGAACAGCGACAAGCUCGCAUUGCGGCUGUGGUUGAUGAAUGGAAUCAAUGUUUUUUCGAACCUCGCGCUACCAGCAUCAGUUUUGUCUAUAUCGGCGAGCCGGAUGCAGCCCCUUCGUCGGCACUGUGCCCCUUUUGUUAUCCUGCAGCAACUAAGGCGACACAAGGCACUGGAGCCCCGGCAUCUACAGAUGGGCAGUCUCCAUGGAGCUCGAACACGCCGUCACCUGUGCCAGGGCAAUAUACCCCACCGCCAACAGCUUGGCCUUAUGCCCCGGCUGCUCCAUAUGGACUUCCGCCCGGCAGCAUGCCAUACGGCACGCCAUAUGGUGUUCCCCCAUUUCCAGUCCAUGGUGUCAAUAACCAACUACCCGGGCCAUACCCCCCGCAGCACCCGCCUCCAGGUGUUGCGCCUUGGCAAUGGACUAACAAUUGGGCCUAUUCUCAGCCUCAGAAUGAAAACACUGGUACAUCCAAGGGUGCAUUUGGCUGGUUUUCGAAUAUUACAGCACAGGCACAGAAGUAUGGAGACCGCUUCGCCGAACAGGCGCAACGUUAUGGGGAUCAAAUAAGCUCACAGGCUAUGCAUUAUGGGCGACAGGUGGAGGAACAGGCUUUGGCACAUGGUCGAUGGGUCGAAGAACAGGCCAGGUUUGGGCGAAAGCCUGGUGCAUAUCCUCCGAUUGGAUAUGCUCAGCCUACUUGGCCCGGUAGCCAGGCGAAUGGGACUCUAUAUAAUGCGCCAACUCCCCCAAGUCAACCCUCGUCAACUGAACUUCCCGUUUCACCUCCACCACUUGACCUUCCCGUGCAACCCACGGUCACGGCCGCCACCAGCACUCAAAGCCCAGCCCAAAGCCAAAGCCAAAGCCAAAUCUCACCUCAAAUUCAUGCCCAAGAAGCUCAAAGCCAGACCGGCAACCAAAAUGAUCGCAAAUUUGACCACAAAGAUGAGUCUAAAGAUGAUCUCAGAGAUGCUCCAAGAAGUCUUCCCAAAGAUAGCCCUAGAGAUACUGCUAGGGAUGUCAUUAGAGGCGCUCCUAGAGAAACUCCCGGUGACAAACCCCUCUUCGAGCAACCGCGUCGCCUAUCCGUCAGCUCCGCAUCAUCCGAAUCCUCUCUCAGCUCCUUCGACUCACUAUCUACCACAUCUGAUCUCGAUGCCUCCGACCUAGCCACAGUCCGCAUUCAGCUUCAAUCUUUGCACAACCAACAUGACCGCACACUAUAUGACGCUGCAGCCGAUCUGCGCCAACAACUCAACGUUCUACAAGCAUCUCGCCGCGAAGCCCGGUUUUCCGGGCGGUCAAAUUGGCGCCCUGGAGCGAAGAGCCAGCCUCAUCAGCCUCAAAGACCCGGCAAUAGUGACUGGGGUCGAUGGGACUCACCUGAGCAGCAACAGCGCCAGGUUAAUGAUCAGCGGGCUUUGAAAGAGGAACUUCGUUUCACCAAGCAGGCUUUCCGAGAUGUGGUUCGCCGAGCGCGUAAUGAGCAGCACAGUCGAAAACAAGCUCGUAAGAACUUGAAACAUCAAAACUAUGGUCAUGGAAGACAGCAGUUUUCCAUGGGCGACGGCAAAAAUAAGGAUAAGGGUGUUCUGACUGGAGCUAUGGGGAGACUUGCUCUCAAUGAGUCGCAGCAGGCUCCCCUGCCACGUGCUCAAACAGCACCUGCUGUUCAUGAGUCUUAUUCUUUUUCGACGACUGUGCCCUUGCACACUCAUACUAGCUCCGGAAUCAGUACCUCUAGUUCGAAUAGACCUUCUUCUUCCCAGGCUAGCAUGCAUGCGCUUCCGACCGAGCCUCCCGCUCCUGACCGCAAAUCGAAAUUGGCGCCCCCUACCAGACUAAGGGAUAAGUUGAAGCCGCGCAUUGCUAAAAAGCUGCAGAAAAGUGACUCUGCAUCAGAAUCCCGACACGAGUCUGAUAAGAAGUCAUCUUCAAAGAAGCCAAAGGAUUGA